AUGACCCAACAUUUUGAUCCUCACUCAUAUCACAUUAAGCAAUCAAAUGUGGUCAAUGAGGAUGAAGAACCAUUUCUCACGACCAUAGUAGGUUGCACUUCCACAUAUCAUCUUAGAUGCGGGCCAGCCGGAAAUCACUUCAGCGGAGGGAUGAGUCCUCUGGAAAAAGCAAAAUUCCAGUUCCACAUUUGUCGCCCUGUGAAUGCAGAACUAGGCACUGAUUUCACAGCUGCAGUUAAUAACCUGGAGACAUUGCAAAACCAAGUUGGUAAGACAAAAGAAUACAAGAACAUGAUAGUUGAAGACGUCACCGGAAAAAUGAUAUGUUUCACCAGCAAUGUCUUCACAACGCGUGAUGAAACAGUGCCAGACUCACCGCACAGACAAAACACACAGAAUGCAUCUAAGAUGGAUGAAGAAACCAGGGACUGGCCAAUCCCGGAUGAACUGUUGAAAGAGUUUGAUAUCCUUAAGUACAAGUUCAAAGCACAUCCAUUUCCUCUCUACCAUGAGAAUCAUCUCGUGCAACCAGUACAUGCCAAUGAGAUUAUCAACAGCACUAUGGUUGAAGUACAAUUCCACAUCCAACACUGGCAAAUUAAAGAUAUCGGCAGCUUCCAAGCUACCCCAGAGAAGGUAACCAUCCUCAAACUAGGGCUGAUCCGGGUGCUGUCUAACUACAAAUGCCCUAUUGAAGAAGAAGACAAUGCAGAGCAACUGGAAUUGAAGAGAAUGCAUCUUAAUGACAAAGCCAGUACAUCUAAAGUUGUGUCUGAGACUUGA